CACACAUGAUCUGUGAAGGAGACGCUGUUUACUAACCAGAAACUUUUCUGGGUCACACACGUGAGAACAGAACCGCUGCACGAGGGACGGGCACGGCGGAGGCGCGUGCGAGAGACUCGAGUUCUGGGUCUGUGUUUAUGUUUGAAGUGAAACACGAAGUCUGUUUGUGGUCUGAAACAAUCAAAGCAAACAGACAACCAGGUUCUGUUCAGGUUUAAUAAACAAGACUGAGACCUGAACGGAUUACGGGAGACGCUGCUGUUACCCUCCCUGACUUCCUGUUCCUCACCCUCUCUGAAGCACAUCUCCAGUCAUGAAUGAAGUCAGUAUCAUCAGAGAGGGAUGGCUUCACAAACGAGGUGAAUACAUCAAAACAUGGAGACCUCGGUAUUUUAUCCUAAAGAGUGACGGUUCCUUCAUCGGCUACAAAGAAAAACCCGACCUGAAUGACCAGAUUUCCCCACCGCUCAACAAUUUCUCAGUGGCAGAAUGCCAGCUGAUGAAGACUGAAAGACCCCGACCCAACACAUUUGUCAUCCGUUGCCUACAGUGGACCACGGUCAUUGAACGUACCUUCCAUGUGGAAACUAGUGCAGAAAGAGAAGAGUGGAUGCGUGCCAUCCAGUCUGUGACAAACGGCCUGAAGAUGCGGGAACAGGACGAGGAGGAACCCAUGGAUGUGUUUGGAUCACCGUGUGAGAGCAGCCUGGAGGAGAUGGAGGUGGCCAUGUCCAAGAGCCGCAACAAAGUGACGAUGAGUGAUUUUGAGUAUCUAAAGCUGCUUGGAAAGGGAACCUUUGGGAAGGUGAUUCUGGUCAAAGAGAAGUCUACUGGAGUUCAUUAUGCCAUGAAGAUACUACGAAAAAUGGUCAUAAUAGCUAAGGAUGAGGUGGCCCACACCGUCACAGAGAGCAGAGUUCUGCAGAACACCAGACAUCCUUUCCUCACGACCCUGAAGUACGCCUUUCAAACCCACGAUCGGCUCUGUUUUGUGAUGGAAUACGCCAAUGGUGGCGAGCUUUUCUUCCACCUGUCCCGGGAGCGAGUGUUCACGGAGGAGCGUGCACGUUUCUAUGGAGCAGAGAUUGUGUCAGCGCUGGAGUACCUGCACUCUAGUGACGUGGUCUACCGUGAUCUGAAGCUAGAAAAUCUGAUGUUGGACAAAGAUGGACACAUCAAGAUUACUGACUUUGGUCUGUGUAAGGAGGGCAUAACUCCAGAUGCUACCAUGAAAACCUUCUGUGGGACUCCUGAAUAUUUAGCGCCUGAGGUCCUAGAGGAUAAUGACUAUGGCCGGGCCGUGGACUGGUGGGGUCUGGGUGUAGUCAUGUAUGAGAUGAUGUGUGGCCGCCUGCCUUUCUACAACCAGGACCACGAGCGCUUGUUUGAACUCAUUCUCAUGGAGGAGAUCCGCUUCCCCAGAAACCUGUCGCCCGAGGCCAAGUCCCUGCUGGCGGGUCUGCUGAAGAAAGAUCCUAAACAGAGGUUAGGUGGAGGUCCCAAUGAUGCCAAAGAAGUAACGAGCCACAAAUUUUUCAUUUCCAUCAACUGGCAGGAUGUGGAACAGAGAAAGUUGACUCCGCCCUUCAGACCACAGGUGACAUCAGAGACGGACACACGGUACUUUGAUGAGGAGUUCACAGCGCAGACCAUCACACUCACCCCUCCUGAUAAGUAUAACAGUCUGGACUGUGACGAUCCCGGACAGGAAGCGCAUUUCCCCCAGUUCUCCUAUUCUGCUAGCAUAAGAGAGUGACGACGUCUCUCCCACACACACUUGCUCACAUGCACACCUACACACACAUAAAUACACACACACACACACACACACACACCUUGGCCACAUCCUUUACAGACAUGAAAUAAGGAAAAUCUUUAUCAUUGGUGGGUUUUGCUCCACUGUGGUCCUGGCCUUCUGGUCCUGGUCUCGGUGGUACUUGCCUCUGUGGUCCUGGACUCUCUGGUCCUGGUCUCUGUGGUCCUGGCCUCUCUGGUCCUGGGAGUCAUCACAGUCGGGUCAGCUAGCAGCUGCUUCACACUGGAAACCAAAGGUUUAGACAUGAGCUUCUUCCUGACUGUUGGGUGCAGUGAUGGAGUUAUCUUCAUGGUCAACGUGUCAUUUUCAGCUCUGGCUUGGUUUUGCUGAGUCAUCAGAAGAAGCUCAGUAAGAAGUUAGCGCAGAUUUGUGAUACUAUUUUUCUGUACAUGGAGCUCAACUGAUCCCUUCAUACUGUACAUGCUGUUUAGAAAUGGUUUCCAUUAUUUUCUUAUUGUUUACCUCAUUUCCUCUGCUUCAUUACGUCUUCUUGUUCUUCCUGGAGCCCAGUUUCAGAUUUAAAUCAUUCAUAAAGGUUAAAAGUGAUGUGUGUCUUAUGUUUGACAUUACUCUGAUUAACCAGGGGCCCCAAGGCCGAUGUUGUGCCAUAAAUUGAUUGUCUGCCAGAAACUUUGAUGGCCUUGCAGCUUGUUAACGCUGUGUCGCUCAGUUUCUCUCUGUGGUCUGCAGCUGUUCCUCUCGGUAUAAAACCGACAUAACACGCAAAUGCAAGUGACGGUAUGUCCAUACUAACAAAGAAAGUCUGCUUUUGCAAGCUUUAACAGAUUAAUUACAGCUGCAGAGGUGCUGUACUAGUAGGCCUACCGUAUAAUCAGUUUCUGACAGACGAUCACUUUAUGGCACAACAAGUGAUGGUCUGCCAGAAACUGAUCAUAAGGUACUAGUACCUUAUAGUAGGUAGGUAUACUAGGUAGUAGACCAACUAGUACGAUACUAGUUGGUCAGUAAUGUGUAUGGUAUGAAAGCAGAACACGUUCAUGUAGAGUCUACAUUUUAUUGACAAAUGUACUAUAGCUAAUCAAUUUUUAAAAAAGGUCAUGAUCAGUGGAAAUUAAACUAUUAUAUCAUCAUAAACUAUUUGGACUUUACACACUAAAAAUGAACAAGAAUAAGGAAACACAUGAAGCCUAAACAGUGAAGCAACAUCCCUGAAUAUAGUUUCUGAUUACAGCACCUCUGCAGCUGUAAUUCAUCCUUGUUAUGUCUGUUUUAUACCGAGAGGAACCGCCGCAGACCAGAGAGAAACUGAGCGACGCAGCGUUAACAAGCUGCGCGGCUGUCUGAUCAGUUUCUGGCAGUCAAUUUAUGGCACAACACAGGAUCGGUCUGAUCAAGGUUUCUUCAGAUUCAGCUCAGGAUUUUCAUUAUUAUAAAGCUGAUUCUCUUAUUUGUUUGUAUCACCAUGGCAACUGUUGCUAGCAACCCCACCUACUAUGGAGGCUCAGUUCUGAGACAAAGGCAGAUGAAAGCUGCAUUUUCAUGGAACAUUUUUGAUUCAAUCAAAGGUCCAGUCAGAAUAAAAAUGCAUAUAUAAACGCCCUUAUCUGAUUGGCCUCAAUUAGAAUGUAUUUUCUAUCCAAUCCUUAGGUUACCAGAUCAUCAGGACAAAAGAACCAUAUCUACACUCAUCCUGAUGGGUUCUGUGGUAGAUGUUGUCUCUAUAGUUGAGGAUUAUUGUUUAUCUUGACAGAUGAAAGGAUCUAAAUUUAAAAUUCUUCUGAAUUAGUCCACAUUGCACAUGUCAAAAGCUUUGUGAUUGUAUUCAAUUUUUCAUCAUGUAGACACACAACUGAUCGGAUCACUUUAUCUAUUAUCCAUGUAAACUUGUCAACUGGAGUCUCUGAUCAGAUUGAGAAGAAUAAAUAUUUUUCCCUGUAAAUGUUUCUCAUCUUCCUGAAACACUCAUUUAACAAAACGGUUAAACUGUUAGAAAUCCUCCUGCUUUAAUGACAUGGCAGUAUUUAUCAGAUUAUUUAUUACACGUGUUACAAUUAGUUUGUGUUCAUUCUGUAAAAUCCUUCAGUUUCUUCAGUCGUUUGUUUCUGCUUUACACAAAUGAUAUAUCAGAACAUAGGCGUUUUCUAAAGCUUUCAUCCAGUGUGACUAUCAUAGCGAUAGGCUUCACAGAGCCUCAGAGCACAGGGUGCCCCACUCCAUCCUAUUCACUUUUGUUAAGGUUUUUUCUGAUUUUCUCAACUCAAGGGGUGUUUUUAUCUUGUCAGGAAAAACUAAAUAGACAAUUUAAUAAAAAUCACAUCUGUGUGUUUGACCCUGCUGCCGCUCAUGGUUCGAGAAAUUUUUAUGCUACUUUUUGUCCGUGAAGAGCAGCUGUUUGUUCGAAGGGUGCGCCAAGGCACAAAUGAACCGAAAGCUGAGACUUUGUGUUGGAGUGACUCAUCUGGCAGUGAAUGUUUCUAUCGUCAUGGUUACACAGGUGCUCUGAAACAUGGCUGCCUCCAUGAUGCAUGUUUUACAGCCAGUGUGCAUAUAACUGUGAGCAGUAACUGCAUUGAUAACAUGAAAAUUUCUUCAGAAAUGUCAUAUUUUCAGGAACAUACAAUUGCGGCAUUUCCAAAAUCAUAACACCCGGUUGACGACCAGCUUGGUGAGAUCUCCAGUGUUAGGGUUAGUUAAAGCAGGCAACCAGAAGAUAACCUGCUAAGUUGAACCCUCUUCAUGGUUCAGACCCUUGUUGAUUUCUGCUCAUGUCAGUGAAUGUAAUUCUGAAUGACAGUGAUGCAAUACAUUUUUGUAACCAUG